UCCGGCGGAAGUUGAUUUGAUUGCGGAAGUGCAGCUCCAGGUGCUGUAGGCGCUGCCCACUGAAGCUAUUUGAUUUGGGACUCCUGUCAUUUGAUCGUGUUUGUGAUUUAUUUCUAUGUGACCUGAGGCAGCUUCACUUCACAGCUCCAUCAGUGAUCCAGGCUGAGCUGUCGUGAUGGCGGACCACACUGACGUCACUCUGCUGCCGGAGGAGCGAGUCCGCGCUCUGACCAAGAAGGGAAGCUCGGUGGAAGUUAACGAAGAUGUGCCGCCGCGCCGCUACUUCCGCUCCGGCAUGGAGAUGAUCCGCAUGGCUAACAUCUACGCAGAGGAGGGCAACAUCGAGCACGCCUUCGUCCUUUAUAAUAAAUAUAUCACUCUCUUUAUAGAAAAACUUCCCAAACAUCGGGAGUACAAGACCGCCAACAUACCUGAGAAAAAAGACACACUAAAGAAACUGAAGGACGUUGCAUUUCCUCAAGCAGAGAUUCUAAAAAAAGCUCUUUUGCAGAGAUUUGAAAAGGAGUAUGCACAGUUUCUCGUCAAAAAGAAAGCGGAGGAGGAGGCGAUGGCGCGGGAGCAGUCCAAGCAGCGAGCGCUGGACGCUGAGCGGGAGCGCGUGGCCGAGAUGCAGCGGCGGCAGCGGGAGCAGGAGCAGUUCAGUGCCUUCGAGGAGAUGAUCCGCCGCCAGGAGCUGGAGAAGGAGCGCCAGCGUGUCCUCCUGGAGUUCUCCACGCCCUCCGCCCCUGCCACUGACAUGCCCCUCCUCCCGGGCAUCCAGGGCCCCCCGCAGGCCUCCCCCACCCCCCCGCUGAGCCCCGGGGACCUGUCCGGCGGCACCAACCACCAGUACGACCGACCUCCUACGACCAUCGGCGCCCCCGCCACCGCCCCGCCCACCUUCGACCGCUCGCUGAAGCCCGGCUCGCUGGUCAGCCCCGGGAACAACAAUAUAAUGGUGGAUGCCCUUCGGCAGUUGGCUGUUCCCGCCGAGCUGUGCCGGAGCUUCCUGAGGUUGGCCGAGGCCAACACCAGCCGAGCUGUAGAGACUUGUGGCAUCCUGUGUGGCAAACUGACCAGAAAUGCGUUCACCAUCACCCACGUCAUCGUACCAAAGCAGUGCGGCGGACCGGACUAUUGUGACACAGAGAACGAGGAGGAGCUCUUCCUCAUACAGGACCAGUACGAUCUCAUCACUCUGGGCUGGAUACAUACUCACCCCACACAGACGGCCUUCCUGUCCAGCGUCGACCUCCACACACACUGCUCCUACCAGAUGAUGCUGCCGGAGGCCAUCGCCAUCGUCUGCUCACCGAAAUUUAAUGAAAUCGGCUACUUCAGGUUGACGGAUCGAGGAACAGAUGAGAUCUCCACGUGUAAACAGAAAGGCUUUCACCCUCACAGCAAAGAACCCCCUCUAUUUACACACGCGGGACACGUCAACAUCACCGACGACACUGUGUCCAUGAUGGAUUUGCGGUGAUUCGUUUUGUUUUUUCCACCAGGACACUCAGACUGUUUUUAUCAAACUGCAGACAUUUUACUGGAGAAAGCACUUGUUUUAUUUUCAGGACGGUACUGAGCAAAUGCCGGCCACGAGUUUACCAUUUAUAUGGACUUGAGUUGUUCUCAAAGGGAACAACAUUGUGUGUGACCAACCUUUUUUUUGCUCUGUAAGAAAAAAACACCUACAUAUUAUUGCACUUUCCAAGCAAACAACUACGACCCACUUCUUAACCGACUCCACUGGCUCUUCAACCCCUCUCUGUUUGUGUCUGUAUGUUUCCUUACUGUUCAUCUUUUGUUUUUGUCAUUAAUAAAAAAAUAUAUGUUUGUCAGUG